AUGUCUUCAACGGAGGUCGCCAGUCCAUCUUCCGACAACCAUUCUACGAACGAUGCGGCCCCUCGUGCGGAGCUCGAUAUCACAAAGCUGCAUGCGCUACCCUCUGAACAGCAGGACCUGUACCUCCUAACCUUCACCUCCGACUUGGUGCAGCACAUCUCCGACCUCGAUAAAGCCCAGAUAUGCGCCGAACAGAAAUUCCUGAAGCAGGAAUUACUCAAGGUCCUUACGCUCUCGUCGCCGGUGAUCACACGAGUUAUCCGCAACAAUCUCGGGCGUUGUUUUGGCGCGAUAUUCACAAAGGGCGACCGCGGUAUACUUUUUGAGACGGUCACGGAAUUAUUAGGCGUGUUGAAUGCUGGGAAGAAUGAAGCAGAUCUCCGGACGAAGUUCGCCGCGGCUCAUUGUUUGGGUGACGUCUUCACUACUGCGGGGGAGAGUGUUUUUGCCCAGGCUGGCGCCGUUGUUACGAGUCUGCUGAAAUUACUGAAGCCGUCUAGUAAUCACACUGGCUGCCGAGGGUCUGUGUUUGCUGUGUUGCGCAAAGUGGUUGGUGGCACCGGAGUUCCUGUGGAUGAGGGGACGGCGCGAGAUAUCUGGAAACAGGCACGCAAUGCCGCUGCCGGCGACAAGUCGACAUUCGUGCAGGUCCAUGCAUGUCGCUGCCUUGAACAAUUGCUACAUACAACUCCGUAUUUCGACAACGCCAACGAUUUCGAGACGCUAAAGACUGUUGUAUGGAAGGUUAUCGAUAGUCAGUUGGCGCCUGUCCGACAUGCCGCUGCAGCCUGCCUCGCACGGGCUCUGACGAAAUUACACGCCAAGGACUCUCGAGUCAUGCCGGCUCCGAAACCGAAGAAAUCGAAGAGGCAGUCGAAGAAGCCUGGCCCUAGGCCCGGAGAGGACGAGGAUGAAGCCGAGGUCUCCGAGUCGUCGGCACCCAAAAAGUCAGAGGCCCGGCUGUUCUUCUUACUUCCUGAUCUUCUCCGCCAGCUAUCAUCACAGUACCUUCGAAGCACAACAUCUAACCGAGCACGGGCCGGGAUUGCCGUUUGUUACAAGUACGUUCUGCGCAUCUUGGGUGACAAGCUUGUUGAAGAACGCUAUGACCAGAUCGCGAAUCAUUUACUAUUCGACCUUCUCAAUCACCCCAUAGUGACUUACAAUCGGUUCCGACUACUCAUGACGAGAAAGGUUGUUGGGAGCAUCCUUGAGGAAACCGUUGGUCGCGACUCACUUCGCGAGAACAGUCGACUCACGGCAGCCAAAUGGCUAAUAAACGACAUACUCAAGGACUAUCCACAGGUCAUGCAGGAGCGCCGUGAGCCUAGCAAGUAUACGCUGACGAGUGCACUCAGUGCUUUGUCUUCGCUAAUCUCGUCACUUGGUUCCGCUUUUGCUUCUCUCGCUGAGAGUUGCCGUGAUGCGUUGCUACAAGUUCUUGCUCACCCCAGCUACACUGUCCAGGUCCACACGGCGCACUGUCUACGUACCUUUGUCCUUGCCUGCCCAACCCAGCUAUUAUCAUGCGUCACGAUCUGCUUAAAUAGCCUUAAUAGAGAAGUAGGGCAGCUGUCUACCCCACGACAAUCACCUCGGCGCUGUGUUGGAUAUGCCAAUGGCAUGUCCGCGAUGCUAAGUACAUCCCGGCUGCAACCACUCUACGGAUCUGUUGAAGUCUACUCUCGCGUCUUUACCCAAGCCACAGAUCUUUUAAAAAUAAGCAGUAACUCGGAGCUGCGAGCUGCCAGCACUCAGAUUCAAGUGGCUUGGAUAUUGAUAGGGGGGCUGAUGCCUCUCGGCCCUAGCUUUGUCAAAAUCCACCUCUCUCAGCUCAUGUUACUCUGGAAAAAUGCCCUCCCCAAACAUCUGAGCCAGGAAAAUUCUGCCAAGAAGGGGUAUUUGGAGAUGAGUUUCCUAGCGCAUGUUAGGGAAUGUGCCCUUGGGGCGUUGCUUGCCUUCAUGGAGUUCAAUGGCAAGGUGAUAACCGCCGAUGGAGCUCGGAGGAUUGCUACCAUGCUACAAAAUACAGUCGAAUUUAUCGAUGAAAUCCCUCGGCAAAAGGGUGUAAUGGAUAUAUCGCAACGUCUUCACCCUUCCUUGCAAUUGCAUGAUAUUGAAACCAUGGUCCGGCGGCGUGUCCUACAAUGUUUUGCGAAACUUCUUCAUGCCCAUCCACUCAGCCACGCAGAUGUGAUUUCACAGUCGAGUCUUCUAAGCCUGGCGAUUUCGUCGUUUGCUGAUCCCGACGCUACCCAGGCUAACCCCCUGGAAAGUUCAAUCGCAGCGUCAACCACGCAAUUCGAGAACCUAUGGGACCUAUGUGAUAACUUCGGAUUUGGCAUAACGGGCCUGGCAAGAGAAUAUGUUCGUUCGACUCUCUCAGGGAAACAUGAGGGCGAGAGUGGCCCAGCUUGGUCUGCGGUCGAAUCUACAGAUCAGGUUGUUGACGAUGCCUUGAUAUUCCCCAUCUGCCAAGCUAGUGAGCAUGACUCGGUCCUGCUUUACUCUACAAGGCAAGGAGACCGCCUCGCAGCCGACCCACAGUCAACCGGAGUAGUCAAUGCUGCGAUUGAGUUGUUCUCUGUAGCCAUCGCGCUGCAUGCUCCAAAGGUCCAGGAAAGUAGUGUCGAGCAAAUUGCGACGUACCUUUCUUCGACAGGCUUGCAACGUAAUCCUGGACGCAAAGCAGCUAUGGUCGUCAACAUAUCCGUGGCCUUACUUCAUGCUCUAAAGACUGCUGUGAGAGAAAGUGGUCCGGCAGCAGGAAAGCUCAGUCCCACGACUGAGAAAGUGCUGCAGGAGCUUAUUCAGAAAUUCGUCAUUGAUCCCGAUCCGAUCGUUCGCACAGUUGGUGUCGAAGCGCUUGGACGACUGUGUGAAACUUCAGGCAAUGCCUUCACCAAUACGCAGAUUAACUGGGUGGUUGACACAAUUGUUGCAAAUAGAGAACCUAAUGCUCGCGCUGGCUGUGCGGCUGCCUUAGGAUGCAUCCAUUCUCAGAUCGGUGGCAUGGCAGCUGGUCUACAUCUGAAGACCAUUGUUGGUGUGCUCAUGUCACUUUGUAAUGACUCUCACCCUGUUGUUCAUUUCUGGGCUCUUGGUGGCUUGGAAAAGGUGGCCAACUCGGCGGGCUUAACUUUCUCUCCCUUCGUCUCUAGUACUCUAGGGAUGCUGGCUCAGCUCUAUAACGCCGAUAGCCACAAUGUCGAAGCCGAGACCCUUGCCACAUCUAAUAUUGAAAUGUCGUACUUAACGCCUGUGGUGAUCAGUCGCUGUAUUGAUUCUUUGAUCAACGUCUUGGGCCCCGAUUUACAGGAUAUCGCCAAAACGCGGAACCUAAUCCUCACUCUUCUGCGCCAAUUUCAGCUGGAGGAGAACCCAGCAUUGGUCACAGAAAGCUCCCGAUGUCUUGAUCACCUGUCGCUAUAUGCGCCAGGAUACGUCGACUUUUCCGGAUACGUGAAACGUCUACAGAGUGAACUGUCCGCGCAGGACCCUUUGAUGAGAGACGUGGCUAUUCAAGCCUUGACGAACCUAAUGAAACGAGACGCAACCGCCGUCAUCAACGCUGCUUCCCCUGCUUUGCAAGAGGAGAUAUGGCUCGCAUUUGACGAUAAUCCUAAUAACACUAUUCUGAAAAGCAUGAUCCAGGAUUGGCUACAGCAGACUGCUCUAUCUGAGACUGAGAUUUGGGUUCAGCGCUGCCAUGACACUCUCACAAAGACGCGCUUGAAAGUGGAAGAUCUUCCACCCAUGUCCGGCAUAAAACCCACAGCCACUGACCUACCAGACGAUGAAGUUGCGGGCUUUGCAUCUGCAAUCGCAGGUGCUGGUCAGGAAGAGAGUACGGGUACUGUUGCCGGUCAGGAACUGUUGAAAUGGCAAACUCGAAACUUCGUUAUGAGCUGUCUGAGUGAGUUGUUGCAGUUGGUCCAAGAGGCUAUUUUGCCAGAUCAAACAAUUCCCGCAGAGUUGGCUCUCCAGCAAAAGGUCGGAGACAUUGUCAGGAUGGCAUUCUCAGCUUCAACCGCAAACGUGGUUGAGCUGCGCGUUUGGGGUCUGAAGAUACUGGACCAAGUCUUAAAGAUGUUUGGCAAAACUCCCGAUCCAGAUUUUGCGGAAGCAUCUUUACUUGAGCAGUAUCAGGCUCAGAUCGGAUCGGCUCUUACACCAGCUUUCGCUGCCGAUUCUUCUCCUGAGCUUGCCUCGGAAGCUAUCAAUGUGUCCGCCACCUUUAUUGCUACCGGUAUCGUAACGAAUGUGGAGCGUAUGGGAAGAAUCUUGAAGCUGUUAGUGCUGGGCCUGGAAAACUUUUCAGCAAAGCCCGAUACAACGGAGAUUGGAGAUCUCAAGGGCCUCAACUCAAACGCAAAGGUCAUGGUUAAGAUGGCGCUAUAUGCGGCCUGGGCACGGCUUCAAAUUGCGAGCAUCGAACACGAGUAUCUUAACGAUGUUGUUCAGCCUUACCUCCUGAGACUCACUCCGCUGUGGCUCUCCUCCCUUCGAGAGUAUGCCCAACUCCGGUUUGAGCCAGAUAUUUCGGGCAGCCUUGGUACUGGACCGGAGAGUGGUGACUUGGAUGAGGUUUACGCUGCCCUCAAUCGGGAGACGCUUCUCAAAUUUUACCAAGAAACCUGGUUGAGUCUCGUCGACGCUAUUGCUGGCCUUGUAGAGAGGGAUAUAGAUUUCGUCUUCGAUGCUCUAGAUGGAAAGGCACAGAUUGAAGAACCCGAGAAGCCGGAGGAUGACCACGAUGGUCCCACUAAUGGAAAGCCAAAAGGGAAAGGCCACGAUAUAAACUACCGUGACGAGCCUGUGGCAUUCUUCUUCGUGUUGUUUGGUCUAGCUUUCGAAGCUCUCGUUGACCAGUCCACCUCAGCAUCACAGAGAAUGGAAAUCCUCCAGGCUCUUAAAAGAAUCUUGAGGCCCAUAAUAUCGGGUAACGCUAUAUACCAGGAUGCUAUUUUCUCCGAGACAAUGGACAGUCUUGAUCGUCUAGCGCUAACUGAGGGAACUGCCAUCCAGAAUGUGAUUGUUGAGAUAGCGCGGAACCUCGCUUUAGACCAUCCUUCCGCGAAGGCUGGCGAGGAUCGCAGUGACCAUCUGUCGGAUGACAUUGAGCAACUUUUUGAGCUAACAAGGAGCAUCAUCCUAGUCCUCGCGGGCCUUCUACCCAACCUUCGGGAGUCAACAACCAUCGCACGAUUCAACGUGGGAUCUGAUGAUGCGCUGGCGCUUAUUCGCCUCUCACUGUCUUCGUUGGUCAAUGUCGCCUCGAUCUUCCCGUCGAUUAUCCGGAAUGACCUCAACGCAUGCAUUCUUCACAUAUUCAGCACCAUUCUUGCGACAGGCCUCUGCCAACAAGAAGUCGUUCCUCAAGCCCUCCCGACAUUCAAACACUUCAUCCAAAGCAUCAGCCAUCAGAAAGAAGGCUCAGACAGCCCGGAGAAUCAGAGCGUCGUCUCCCACCAACUCCGCGGAUGCCUCGUCCGCUUCCUAACAACCCUCACAAUUGCGCAACGCCGGGAGUCAGAAUCUUCAUUGCCCUGCGCCAAAAACACGCUAUUAAUGAUUACCAUCCUCCUAACUACUGGCGGACACCUUAUUCCACGCCACGACCCAAUCCUUCCGCAAAUUCUCAAUGAACUCCUCGACUGCCUCCAAGAUGUUGGCCUUGCUAGCGUUGCAGCGGGCUGUAUCCGUUCUAUCCUCGUUUCACCUACACCCAAAUCUCCAACAGAUCAGGUAAUCGCCAGAUACCUGAUGCCACGCCUCAUAUCUUUCCUCGUGGGCACCCCCUCCGAAUCCGGUGACGUUGCGAAUGAUCCAGAGAAUUCAAGAACUAUCAUCGCACGCACAUUGGUGGCUUUUGCGACAAGUGCAAAUAUCCUCGCUGCCGAGGAGAUGCCAACAACCAUAUCCCUGGUCAUGUCAUGCCUCCUUGCACGGGCGAAACGCGAAGGCCAAUCCGUCCACAAGGAGACCGCCGGGUACCUCUUGGAACUGGCGAAGUCUAACCAGCUUGUUUUCAGGGCAUUAGUAGCGACGAUGAACCCUGAGCAUAAAGGGUUAUUGGAGGAGGUGCUUCGUAGUGCAGAUGUUGGCUCCGGAUCUGCGGCGAACAGGGAAGGGCAAGAUAGUGCGCAGGCAGGGGCUCAGCAAAGCAUGCCGAGUAUUGCGCUGAGAUUGGAUUUCUGA